CUUUGUUCAAAGUUAAACAUGUACAAGAAAUAGGACUUCUAGGCUGGGUGUGGUGGUGCACACCUUUAAUUCCAGCACUUUGGAGGCAGAGCUAAUCCAAAAGUAAAUGAGGAACUUAAAAAAAGAUUGCCAACUCCAGAUCAACAUAUUUAGAGAAAAUUGGAAAAGAAGAAGCUUACUACAGCUUUAUUUGAAGACUUUUUAAAGAACAUAGGGUUUUAGCUUUCAGCUUUAGUCUUGAAGCAAAAACCAGAGACAUUGCCAGAGCAAAUAAGUACUGAGGUACAAAUGGAAGAUUGGUCAAAAGGUCUUCUAGAUACUUCAUUACGAAAUUUGCUAUAUUAAGAUACAAAUAUGGCCCACAUUUAUCUUGAACAAGAGACUACGGUCAGAAACAAGAAUAUUAAUGAGCAACUGACUAUGAAUCCCGCGGGAAACUUGCAUCAGAAAGUCAGUGAAUUUGGGAAUGAAGUCAUCUGUGAGGACACUGAACUGCCAGGGCAGAGGUCAAGGCGUUUUCAGGUUAUCAGUCCCCAUUCUGAUGAUAAAACACCUGAAAAGUGCAACAACAUGGAAUAUAGAGAAGACGAUUUGAGUUAUGAGUCUGUGCUUCCUCAUCAAGCAACCCUUGACAUAAAUAAAGAGACAACAGUAGCAUUUCUUCUAAAAGAAUUAGAAAUUCUCAGAUUAAGCAACAAAAAGCUUCAAGAAAACUUGAUUAAAGAAGAUAAAGAACACAGAAAAUUAAAGCUUAAGCUGGAUCUCCAAGAGAAAGCAACAGAGGCAAAAAUUGCUGAAAAAACAGCAGCUCUGGUUGAAGAAGUGUACUUCGCGCAGCGGGAACGUGAUGCAGCUAUUAUGUGUAGACUGCAAUUAGCCAUCAGGGAGAGAGAUGAUGCAAUUGCAAGAGCCAAACAUAUGGAAAUGUCUCUAAAUGUGCUAGAAAAUAUUAACCCUGAAGAAAAUGACAUGACAUUACAGGAAUUACUGAACAGAAUAAACAAUGCAGACACAGGGAGAGCUAUUCAGAAGAAUGGAGCUAUAAUUGUGGAUAGAAUCUACAAGACCAAGGAAUGUAAAAAGAGAAUAACUGCAGAAGAAAUGAAUGCCGUGAUUGAAGAACGGGAUGCUGCUUUGUCUCAGUGCAAACGCCUCGAACAGGAGCUUCAUCAUCUGAAAGAGCAGAAGCAGACUUCAGCAAACAACAUGAGACAUCUGACUGCUGAAAACAAUCAAGAACGUGCUCUGAAGGCAAAGUUGUUGUCAAUGCAGCAAGCGAGAGAAACUGCAGUUGAACAAUACAAAAUGCUAGAAGAAGAAAUCCAGACACUGCGAGUUUACUACAGUUUACACAAAUCAUUAUCUCAAGAAGAAAACUUGAAGGAUCAGUUUAACCAUACCCUUAGUACCUAUGAAGAAGCCUUAAAAAACAGAGAGAGCAUUGUUUCCAUCACUCAACAGCAGAAUGAAGAACUGGCUACCCAGCUGCAGCAAGCUCUGACAGAUAAAGCAAAUGUGGAGUCACAGCUUCAGUGUGCCCUCGAGGCUUCCCAAGUGGCCAAUGAAAAAGUUCAGAAGUUGGAAAGGCUGGUGGACGUCCUGAGGAAGAAGGUUGGAACAGGGACAGUGAGGACGGUGAUCUGACUGAAAAAAAGCCCAGUCUGGGGGCAGCAAUCACAUCUGGUGACCAGGCUGCUUCAUUCAACACUGUGUAAACACUAAAAGCCUUAACUUAGCAAACAGUUGUUAGAAGUGGGACACUCCAACCACAUUCCAAGCUGAGAUAAAAUCAAAUCACAAAUGUUUAACCACUUUGCUGCUGACUUGGGUUAUUUAUCCAAAUAUAUUAACUACAUGCUUUUACCAAUUAUAAGGUCACAGCUUAUUUUGUUGCAACUUUAUAUUUCAGUGCUUUAAUGUAAGUCUUUUCACUGGUAUACCACUAUAAAACAUGAUUCAGUCAGUCAGGAUCAUAUCUUCGCAUAUGGCCCUUUCUGAAUCAAAGUGCAGUAAAGUAAAUAUUGUCUAAGCCUUAAUCCACUGUUAGGUCAAAACUUCAAAUAAAUGCAUUUUCAAUGUAGAGUAUAUUUCUUAACUGACAAGAGAUGCUCAAGCAUGAGAGGAUGCAGUCUUCUUUUAAUGUGUGUAUGUAAUUUUUAUUCUUAAUAUUAAAGAAUAUAAGUAUAGAUGCUAUGAAUUAGGUGUAUAGUUUGCUUUAACAGUAUGUUAAAAUGACAUUAAUUAGGCAUGAUUUUUAUUUCACUGUAAAUAUCAGCUGUUUUCAAUAAAAAGAUUGUUAAUGUACACUUACACAUACAUAUUUUUAAUGCCAAUCACAUAAUUGUCUAAGCUCCACUUAUACUGUAGUAAUUACCAAGUUUCUGUCUAAAUAGUCUGGGAUACUUUUGGCUAGAAAAUUAGCAUGUGCCAGCAUGUCUUUUCCCUAAAAGGCAAGAAGCCAGCAAACCUGUCCCAUAUUCUUAUUAAAUAUAUUUUUUGGAUUACCAUUUAAAUAUUUGUUGUGGAAGAAGGUAAUAUAAAAUAUACCAAAAAAAAAAACCUUAUAAUGUACAAAUAUAA